AUGAGUGUUAUAUUCGCACAUAAUUCCAAGGAGACUGGCGAGGCUGUUAUGAACUCUUUACCAACGACCGGUCACGAAAAAGCAUUAUUCAGUACGAGUACAAAUGAGUGUUAUAUUCUCACGAUUAUUAUUUCAUGGGCAAACGAGCCAACAGUAAAAAAAAUAACACCUCAAAUCGGCUAUCUGAAAGUUGGUAUUGAUGACGACGAGGAUGAUGAAGAAAAUACAGGUGUGGGACGUGUUAAUUUUAUCGCGAAAGUGGGUCAAGUCAAUACUAACAUUGGCAAGUUUGAAGUAACGUUCAAUGUGACUGAUGAAACCCAAGGAUCAUUUAAAUUGUGCAAUAACUGGGUAUUUAGCGAUAUCGCGAUUCAAGAAGUAAAAUCGCCCGUAUUUUACCGUGAGAAUGUUAGAUACAAUGAAGAACGAUGUCGCUAUGUUCUGCUAGAACUAUAG